CGCCGCUGCAGCGGAUCCCAGUGAAAGACGCCGGGAGGCUCUACCGGCAGCAGUUGAACUGCGCGGGACCACGAGCACUUUGCAGGAAAAAUUCACUUACGCGCAUACAUAUAGGAUCGCACACAACUUCAGAGGCGGCUUUUAGGACCCACUGAAGCCUGUCCUUUAGCAGUCCAUGGACUCCAAGGGAAGAAUGCAGACGAUCAAAUGUGUGGUUGUAGGAGAUGGGGCCGUGGGUAAGACCUGCCUCCUCAUCAGUUACACAACAAAGUCCUUUCCUGAAGAGUAUAUCCCCACUGUCUUUGACAACUAUAGCGCGCAGACAACUGUGGAUGGCCAACUUGUCAGCCUGAACCUAUGGGACACGGCUGGUCAAGAAGAAUACGACCGACUGAGAACGCUCUCCUACCCCCAGACCAAUAUCUUCGUCAUCUGCUUUUCCAUCAGCAGCCCAUCCUCUUAUGACAAUGUGAGGCAUAAGUGGUACCCAGAGGUCACCCAUCAUUGCCCCAAUGUACCCGUUCUGCUGGUAGGCACCAAGAGUGACUUGCGGACUGACCUUGAGACAGUGAAGAAGCUGAAGGAGCAGAGCCUAGUGCCCACGACUCCUCAGCAAGGCAUUAUCCUGGCCAAGCAGGUGGGGGCUGUGAAGUAUCUGGAAUGUUCUGCCCUGCUGCAGGAUGGGGUACAGGAGGUAUUUUUGGAAGCUAUCCGCGCUGUGCUUCACCCUGCCACAAAGAAGAACACCAAGAAAUGUGUCCUCUUAUAGCUCUCGGGGCGGCACGUAGGAACUGCCUCAAAGGAGAAGAAGGGGGUGGGAUUCCUUUGACAGGAUUUAGUAAAUGCCAACGGAGCCAUUUGACUCUUUUGGAAACCCUGGGCUCUAGGUUACUGGGCUUCUGGAGGAAUGAAGACAGAUAGGCUAGUCUGUAUAUGGCUGCUUUGCGGGUUUGGUUUGAACCUUUUGGAGGGUGUGUGUGUG